AUGGAAGCAGUGAAGCGUUUAGUAGAUGGAAAGCCAGUGGUUAUAUUCAGCAAGAGUACAUGUUGUAUGAGCCACACAGUGAAGCAACUAAUAAGCAGCUAUGGAGCAAAUGCAACCAUUUAUGAACUCGAUGAAUUACCAAAUAGAAAUGAGAUUGAUAAAGCACUGCAAAAACUUGGGCUUAAGCCUAGUGUUCCAGCUGUUUUUAUAAACCAAAGGUUUGUUGGUGGAGCUAAAGAAAUUAUAAGUUUGCAAGUCCGAGGCAGAUUGGUUCCAAUGCUGAUGGAGGCCGGGGCUAUUUGGGUCUGGAAAACUCACUAGUUCUUUUACUUCCCUUUAUUUUCCCAUAUAAUGUUUCCUUUUUUUUAUUUCACCAAAAAAAGAGAACAGAGGACAGUAGUAGACUAAUAUACAAAACUAAGGGGCUCCGGCCCUGUUGAGUCUGCAAUGUCCACGGAAUUCAAGGCUUUAAAACAGAGAACGCAUCCCCAUGCUAAUGUAUGUCCCUUAUGUAUCCUGCAUGAAUAUACUUAACACUUAUAAAUUAUGAUUA